AGUCUUCUCUUGCGCUUCCCAACCACCACACAUCCCAGGUUCUUGCUUCAAGGCUUGAUCCUAGAGCUCGAGGGGAGAAGCAAGCAGGAGACUCAGCGGACUGCAAGACUCAAUCAAACAUGCCUCGCAAGAUAUCCACAUCAUUGAACCACUAUCUGUUCUUCUACAAUGCAGCAGAAGUUGUCAUGUGGGGGGCCAUCUUAUUGAGACUCUUCCUAGUGACCAGGUCGAGUGGGUACAAGGAAGCCCACGACAACCUCUCCAAGCAUCUCAUUUUCGUGCAGUCAACGGCCAUUCUGGAGGUGCUGCAUGUCGCCCUUGGUUGGGUCCCUUCACCACUCCUGACAACAGCGACGCAGGUUGCCUCGAGGCUGCUGCUCGUCUGGGGCAUUGAUUACCUCUUCCCUUACAUCACUCGUGAGUCUUAUGCUUAUUCGAGCAUGGUCGUUGCCUGGUCCAUUACGGAGGUCCUUCGUUACUCCUACUACGCCAUCAACCUGCGUCAAGCUGUACCGCAAGCCCUUCUCUGGGCUCGCUACACACUCUUCUACGUCUUGUAUCCAAUGGGUGCAGGAAGUGAGGCCUGGCUUGUCUACAAGUCUCUCACUGCCGCAAGGGCAAAGUCGCCUCUUUACGCCAACAGUCUCAUUGCUAUCCUAUUCAUCUACGUUCCUGGUUUCUACUUCCUGUACACGUACAUGAUUGCACAGCGUCGCAAGAUGUUCAAGAGACAGGGGAAGAAACCCACAAAGUAAAGGACUGCAAGGGCUGGAGGCUGCAAAAGAAAGUAGU